AGGGGGCGGGGGUGGAUCAGUGCAAAGUGCAUCCCGAAAGCCCCCUGCCUGGAUCCCCCGCGGCUGGCACUUCGGACCCUGAAUGACCUGGGACCUCGCUGCCCCGAGACCUCCUGUGUCCCCUCGUAGCUGGGAGCCUCCGGCCCGGAGCGCGGCAGCCCCCUGCUCCGAGCCCUCAGACGGGCACUGCCCCCCCACCCGAGCCGGGACUUCCUCCCUGCACCCCUGCCCCGAGGCUGCCCGGCGGCCAGGACCGCCGCCUCCAGUCUUUUCGGCAGUCUGGAUGCUAGCCGGGCUGGGGCCGUGAGGCAUCGAGGAGGAUCAAGAACACCCGUGUCCGGCCCUGCCUGGGCUGUUUCUUCAAUGGAGAAGUUGGUGAGUGUGGAGGAGGCUGAAAGAAAGAAGAGAAGCAGCAGUUGAGGAGACAGGUUUGAGCUGGCUAGGGGAGGCGAGAGAGCAGGAACGGGGCUGCCCACCCACCAGAGAAGCAGCAGAGAACCUCUGACCAGCAUCCUCCAUAAAGGUUAAGAAAGAGCUCAUUGACACUGGAAUCUGGACACACUCUGAGCCCCCUACUCACGAUGCUGUAUGUGCACAAUGGUUAUUAGGCGAUCCACGUAUCAGGAAAAGGGGCAUUCUUCCCGUAAGGCUGAUCCCUGUGACCUAAUGAAUCCUUUGUAAAAAGUGGACUCAGCUAGGAUGUUACACCACCAUUGUCGAAGGAACCCUGAACUCCAGGAAGAGUUGCAGAUUCAAGCUGCAGUGGCUGCCGGGGAUGUUCACACGGUACGAAAGAUGUUAGAACAAGGCUAUUCUCCAAAUGGCCGGGAUGCUAAUGGCUGGACCCUGCUUCAUUUCUCUGCAGCAAGAGGAAAGGAAAGAUGUGUUCGAGUAUUUCUAGAACAUGGAGCUGAUCCCACAGUUAAGGACUUAAUCGGAGGCUUCACUGCACUUCAUUACGCAGCCAUGCAUGGCCGGGCUCGGAUUGCACGCCUGAUGUUAGAAUCUGAAUACAGGAGCGACAUUAUUAAUGCAAAAAGCAAUGAUGGCUGGACUCCCCUUCAUGUGGCUGCUCACUAUGGUAGGGACUCAUUUGUCCGACUCCUACUGGAGUUCAAGGCUGAGGUUGACCCGCUCAGUGAUAAAGGUACAACGCCGCUUCAGCUCGCCAUUAUCCGAGAGAGGUCAAGCUGUGUGAAAAUCCUCCUGGACCACAAUGCCAACAUCGACAUUCAGAACGGUUUCCUGUUGCGAUACGCUGUGAUCAAAAGCAAUCACUCUUAUUGCCGAAUGUUCCUUCAGAGAGGAGCAGACACAAACUUGGGUCGCUUAGAAGAUGGACAAACUCCUUUACAUUUGUCUGCCCUUAGGGAUGACGUGCUUUGUGCACGGAUGUUAUAUAAUUAUGGAGCGGACACGAACACAAGGAACUAUGAAGGACAGACCCCACUGGCUGUUUCAAUAAGCAUUUCUGGAAGUAGUCGACCGUGUUUGGAUUUCUUACAAGAAGUCACAAGACAGCCCAGAAACUUGCAGGACCUGUGCCGAAUUAAAAUUCGACAAUGUAUAGGCCUUCAAAACCUAAAGCUACUUGAUGAACUACCAAUUGCCAAGGUCAUGAAAGACUACUUAAAACACAAAUUUGAUGAUAUCUGAUAUACACAGAACUGUGAGCAAGAUUAGGAGUUAUAUUCCAGAUACUUAAAAGGCUUUUUGCCUUGCACAAAGUAUAUCCUAUGCAAUUUCUGAUUUGCUGUGAAAUCAGAAAGCAGGUAUACACUUUUAGGUUUUGUUUGUUUGUUUGUUUGGUUUUCAUUGUAGGGGAGGGAUGUUUUUAUAUAUAUAAACACACACACACACACACACACACACACACACACACAUGCUUGAAGGUCUUAAUUUGGUUUCUUGGUCCAAGUUUACGAGGUUCAAGCUUUCUAUACAAUAUUGCAUUUAAAACAAUUGUUUUUCCAAAAUGACACAAGCAGGUUAGGAGUGGAGAAUUUACCCUUUCCAAAUUUAUGGUUUCAUUGACGUGCACAAUAUUAUAAACCAGCAGAGCACUUGUUACAGUUUGGAGGCACAGUUUUACCCGGGGCAUCCUGGGUUCUACUGGAAAAUGCUCUAAGAAAAUUUUAAAGUAACGCUGUCACCUCAGUCAUUUUUAAUGAGUACAAAUUGGCUGUUUCAAACUGUUCUUUUCCUAAUUAAUGUAGCUUUGGAUGACAUAAAUCCAUUACCUCUGCUUUCCUGUUGGUGUGCUCUUGUUUUAAACUUAUUUUUUUAACAACUGUAGUACACUACCCAGAGACGUUGCGUCUCAACUUCUGUCUCUAGUUGAAUUGUGCUUUUAAAAAAACUGAUGGGAAAGAAAAUAACUUUGUAAAGCCCGUGUAUUCUGUUUUUAAAACAGUGCCUCCAGUGCAGUACUCUUUCUGGUGUAUUUUAUCCAUUAUUUCACUUGAUGUUCCUCAUUCCACAGCUGGCUUUGACAUGCCUGUGAGAACAGGAACCACCACUAAUUUUAAUUGCAGAACCAUAGUAUGUCAGUUGCAAUUUCCAUUUUAAGCUUUGUCUUUUACUUCACUUUAAGCCGAAAAUUUCAUGUCCUGGUGGUAGAGUAUUCCCUAAAAAUAGCCCCAAAUAUUGUUAAACCAUUUGGCUUUAAUGGUUAAAUAAUUUGGGGUGGUUUCAUGGUGUUUUUUUCCUCCCAGUUGAAAUAAAAUUUCUAAAGGGUAAAAUUUCUAAUGGGUGCACAUUUGUAAAUCUGGUUAAUUCCUAAUAUGCUAAUUAAGCAUUUCCUAUCUAUUUUAAAGUUAUGCACAGUGACGCUCUUCAGAACAGUUAUUUUCUGGGUUGAUUGGCAUAUGUUUGCAGUGUAAACAUAAAUAUGAUAAAGUGUCAAUAACAGUGGUUCUAGAGGCAUUAGAGAUCUAUGGUGAUGCCCUUGGAAAUGAGUUCUGUGCUUGAUUUGUCAUCAUAUUAGUUUCAGAAGAAACUUUAAAAAUAUCCCAGUAUUGUUCUUAGUGCUUUAGGAAAUUUCAGAAUAGUUACAUACCAGUAAUAAAUUCGUUAUCAGAAGUUUACAAGAUGAAGGGCUUCUCUUGUCUGAAUUUCACCUGAAAAGUAUAACUAAGCAGAAUUAGGAGUCUACUCUGGCUUUACCCUUUUCAGAGCCAGCAGUGUUAUUUCCUCAAGCACAGAGUUUAUUCUCUUGGAUGCAGAGUAGCUGUGGCAUCAGAUGUCUGAUCUGCUGGGCCUAGGCUGGGUACAGGUUUCUGAAGAACGGGCAGCUUCGGGAAGAGGUUGUUGUGGGGGAUCACGGAUGGGCUACAUAGCCUCUUCUACAGGGAGCCACUAAGAGUGUGGCCAGUUUUGUAACCAUCCCAAAACUGUAACUGGAACAUGAUGGAUAGAAAUGGGUGGUCUGUCUUUUUUUUUUUCGUAAAAA